UUGCGCUUAUAGUCGCAUGCACUUGUUGUAGCCUACAGAUCAACUGCGAAUAGCUUGUUGUAGCCUACAGGUCAACUGCGAAUAGGCUAUGUGAAGUUCAAAAGUACAGUUGAUUCCUGUCGUUGAUAGUUCUUAUAUACGAAAUGGAUGCCAAUCCAUCCUUCUCGCUGUCAUGUCUCUACAGAAGCGAUCCAAUUUAUUCGCUCUGUGCCUCAGAUUUAAUGACCGCUUCUCAAACUGUGAACAAUAAUUUCAUAAAGGAACAGAAGCAACUUAUGAAGACUCUGAAGAGGCUGGAGCAGCAGCAGCUCACCUGCAUGCGUCAGCUGAGUGAGGAGCAGAGGACCUUUGCCUUCGUCAUGAACAAGAGGCUUAGCCAGAGGGGCCCUACGAGGCCUCAAACGCUCCCCUCCACCUCAGCCUCCUCCAUCUCCCCUCCGUCCGUUACGGGUUCCCAGUCCGCCCCGGCUGCCCUCACCACCCGCACUGGGGCCAACAGAGCUGGCAGUGCCAAGAGCGCCAACAGCAGAGUCAAGUUUGAGCAGUCUUCUUCCAGCCUCUUGCCGUGGGCAGUGAAAUUGCAGAAGAAGAGUAUGGAGACACAAGGCAGGGAGGCAAGUGAGACGAUCACUGUUUUGAAGGAGUAUGGGGCAUCGGCUGGUCAAAGGUGUUGUUGUGAAUGUGGUCACACCAGGGAGCUGUUGGACAGGAGACUGAGCUGUCCAGCCAUAUUACAGAGGCAUCACUCUUGAUUCUGCUAUGGGGUGUUAUGGACGUGCAAUACAGUAUACUGCCACAAGGGCGCGCAAGUGAUUCUCAUGAACAUCAUCUACCUACUCAUACUGGAUCAAUCUAGCUACCAUAUUUCUUGGGAGGUUAUGCCAUGCCAAUGGAUAUAUGAACAGCAUUUUAUGACAUGACCGAUAAAUGAGUAACACUGUACGUCAUGACAGCUUCAUAAUAUUAGCUUCAUAAUAAGUUACAUUAACUAUGUCAACAUGUCAUUACACCUGUAACUGUUUGCAAUACAUGCAAAAUGACACUGCCUUGUCACUUGACAUUCAGUGACAUAAGAUGCCUUUACAUCUUUUGACACUUGUUAUGUCAUGUUUAUGACCAUAAUGACACUGUUAUGAUGUACAGUUCAAAUAGUGUUACCAAGGUACGUUCUGUGUUCACCUACAGUUGAAGUCGGAAGUUUACAUACACCUUAGCCAAAUACAUUUAAACUCAGUUUUUCACAAUUCUU